AUGAUUCAGAGAGCAGAGAACCGGAGUGAGGAGAGAGAAACUUUGGGGACGAUGAGAGGUAUUGCAUCGCUUUCACCAUCAAAAUGUUGGCACCCAAAAACCCAAAACAACCUCACAAAACAAUCGGACAGAAAACUCAAUUCAAACCCAAAUCAAAUACACAUAAAUUCAUCAUCAAAAAGAGUUAACCCUUUUCCUUCUUUCGCCAUUAAAGCCUCCAAAACCCCAAAUUCACCAACUCACAAUCCAAAUACACCACCUUUGGUAGUUGUUGGAUCAGCCAAUGCAGAUGUAUAUGUGGAGAUUGAUAGACUCCCAAAGGAGGGUGAGACGAUUUCAGCCAAGAGUGGUGAGACCCUUGCUGGUGGGAAAGGGGCAAACCAGGCUGUGUGUGGUGGGAAGCUCUCGUACCCAACUUAUUUUGUGGGACAGGUUGGUGAGGAUGCUAAUGGGAAGUUGAUCACUGAGGCACUCGAGGAUGGUGGGGUCCACAUAGAUCACUUGAGCACUGUGUCUUCUGCACCUACUGGCCAUGCUGUGGUGAUGCUCCAAUCUGAUGGGCAGAACUCUAUCAUCAUUGUUGGGGGUGCCAACAUGUCUUGUUGGCCUGAAAUUCUCUCGGACGAGGACUUGGAGGUUAUAAGAAAUGCUGGGAUUGUUUUGCUUCAGAGGGAAAUCCCAGAUUCAGUUAAUAUUCGAGUUGCAAAGGUAUGGAACUUGAGAAAGGGAUUGGCCUUUGAAGAAUGGCAGAGGCUCAAGUAUUUUGUGUAUGGUAACAAGUUUUACAGGACUCCAGUACUUAUUCUGCUUUCAGCUGAAUGGAGAAAAAAUAUUUUGGUUUCUUUGGUAUCUGUUCUGUUUUCUGUUACGUGUAGGGUUGCCAGUGGUGCAGGUGUUCCGGUCAUUUUGGAUUGUGGGGGAGUGGAUGCACCAAUCCCGCCAGAACUAGUGAAAUUCAUUGAUAUUCUAAGCCCAAAUGAAACUGAACUUGCUCGUCUCACUGGAAUGUCAACUGAAAGUUUUGAACACAUUAGUCAAGCUGUGGUAAAAUGCCAUGAAAUGGGCGUUAAGCAAGUUCUCGUGAAACUUGGGGACAAAGGGUCAGCUCUGUUUAUCAAAGGAGAAGAACCUAUUAAACAGCCCAUUAUAUCAGCUACAAAGGUUCUUGAUACAACUGGAGCUGGUGAUACUUUUACCGCGGCGUUUGCCGUGGCUCUUGUGGAGGGAAAAACAAAAAAAGAAUGCUUGAGAUUUGCUGCUGCAGCAGCCUCUCUUUGUGUUCAAGUGAAGGGAGCCAUUCCAAGCAUGCCAGAUAGAAAAUCAGUUUUGGAUCUUCUUGGAUCUCUUUGAGGAUGUUUCUUUUUCUAGGUUGGCUCAUUUUUCACAUAAAUAAGACUGUAUCAACCAACCCCGACCCUCAACCCCCUCUUUUUCAAUUUAGCACGGAAGUAACUCAUUAACUUGUUGAACUUUAGAUUCCUUUAUUUAAAUUGUCUCUCUUUUAUUUCCUCCUUUAAUCAAUAACUAGAAUGUAGGACCGAGCUAAAGUAGCAGGUUCGUGUUAAAAAACAUUUCCCCCAUAUCGAAUUCGUUUAUUAUUUAUUGUUUAAUAAAUAGUGUCAUAUUAGGUUCGUGUUGUAUAUGAAUAAUGUAUAACUAGUAUAUAG